AUGCAUCCAUAAGCCAGUGGUAAAGCAGCAAAGAAGGCCGGAAAAGCCCAAAAGAACAUCACUAAGGGGGACAAGACCAAGGGACGCACCAAGCGUAAGGAGAGUUAUGCUAUCUACAUUUACAAAGUGUUGAAGCAAGUCCAUCCCGAUACUGGUAUCUCCUCAAAGGCCAUGAGCAUCAUGAACAGUUUCGUCAACGAUAUCUUUGAACGUAUCGCCGCCGAAGCCUCCCGUUUGGCUCACUACAACAAGCGUUCCACCAUCACCAGUCGGGAAAUCCAAACUGCCGUCCGUCUAUUAUUGCCCGGUGAGUUGGCUAAGCACGCUGUCAGUGAAGGUACCAAAGCCGUUACUAAGUACACCAGCUCCAAGUAA